GGAAGGCACACGCCCAGAAAGCUUGGGUGUCAAAAGAAAGCCCUUGUUUUCUGGGGCGUUGUUGGUUGGCCCAUUGUUACUUUUCUACUUUGGACUUCCCAGAUCUUUCUUUCCCUCCCCAUCACCAUCUCUCCUCCACACCACGCCUGUCUGACCAACAUCCCGCGAUUCCUCCCUCCGGACGAAUUCAUAGCUUCUCGAAGCACAGGAUAUAGGAUACUACUUCCUUUCCGUCUCUCGAAGCAUCACCCAACGCCACCAUGUUGGGCGAUACCUCGCCUAGGCUGAAGCCGCUGCUUCUGCCGCAGCUGGUGGAGGAGCGCAAGCAACAACUGCAACAACAGGAAUUCAUAUACCCGGCCCAGAUCCAAUCGACACCGCAAUUACCACCACAAGUUCAACUGCAACAACAACAACAAUCACAAGCGCAGCUCGACGUCUUGCCGCCAUGGCCGUACGCGCUCGCCACCACCAACUCGUCGUCCUCAGACGUCACAUCGCCCCUCACGCCCACCUUCUCCAACCGCGGUCAUGCGCGCUACUCGAGCUCAUCAUCGUCAUUAGACCUGCCACCGCUACCACCUCUGCAGGAUGUAUCGACGUCGCCACCAACACCGCUCGCCAGCAUCGCCGCCACCUCAUCGGCGUCCAAGGGAAGCACGCUGCGCCAACUACCCGAUGUCGAAGAGGAGCCUACUGAGCGCGAGUCGUUUGACUCGGCGCAAGACUUUAGCCUGUACAGCUGUCUUUGCGACGAGCCCUGCCAGCACCGCCUCAGCACCACCGACGACUUCUUUGCCGGCGCCGUUGUCAGCGACUUUGAUAUUGACGACUACGACAUUGGCUUCCUCAGCGACGGCGACUUUACUACAGAUCUGCAGCUUAAGAAGAAGCGUUCUGGUACCAUGUCGCCGCUGUCCGACCUCACCACCCGCCUCAGCUCCCGCUUCCCCACCAUCCAGCGAUGGCGCUCCGGCCACCGCUCACGCAUCUCCAAUGGCGCCACUGACUUGAGCUUCGAGAAUGUCCUCUCUCGCGCGCCCUCGAGCCGAUCGUCCUCCAUCUCCGCUGCGAACCGAUUUGCUCUCGACCGAUCCGUGCCCCCAACACCCUCGCUGCCUCAGUUUGGAAGCGACGAGAAUGUCAGCACUAUCUCUAGUGCUGCCAUUGCUACUCCUGGUAGUGAGUGGCCAUUUGAAAUUGAGGACCGAGCUAGCAUUGAGCGAGACCGCGCCAUGGCCACCACACCUCUGUUGCCUCCUCUGAUGACCAGCCCGAUCGCUGCUGCUCCUCCUAUCGAGUCGCCUCUGCAGUCUCCCACUGUCCAGCCUACCCCGACUUUCACUCCCGAGAUCCAGUCGCCCGUCAUCACUCGACCUGUCUCCCUCGUCCGACCUUCGCUGAGCACGCGACCCUCCAUGGUGUCGCUGCACCAGACUUCUAAAAGCACUGAGCUGCCGCCUCUUGCUUUCCCUGGACUCCCCGAGUACGACGAGUGGUCAGACCGCCUGGGCCAUGCCAACUUCACCAUCACCCCGGCUCCGUACGAGUUGACUACCUUCACCCCCGACACGGUGACUAAGUUUGCCGAGGACUGGGACCUUGCGCGCGUCAACUACACGAAGCACUUGGUCCGCACUGGCGAGAACUAUGGACAGACUAGCAACAUUUACGCCUUGACCGAGGCCAAAUGGGCCGAGAUUGAGGGCCAAUGGAAGAUGCACUACGAGGAGAUGCUCCACCAGACACAGCCUCAGUCGGCACCCAUGUCCAAGGCCGCCUCGCGCAGCCGCAGCCGUGGCCGCGGAGGUCGUGGCCGUUCUGUUAGCGCUGUGACUUUUACCAAGAUGCAGCAGCAACAACAACUGUCGCAGCCUAUCGAAGGUGACCUCUUUGCCGGCAUGGAGUGGCGACGCCUGGAAGAGUGCCUGCCCAGCGCGGUGCCCCAGAUGCUGGAGGCGCUUGACGCUGAUGGCAAGUUCCCCAUGCGUGGCGACGAAGACAUUGUCGGUCCCAUGCAGCGUGAUGCCUUCAUGAUUGGCAGCUGUGCUGAUGACCGCCGCCCUCGCUUCUGGCGCAACCUCGUCGGAAAGGUUGGCCUCGGCCGAUGAGCAUCAUCAUCAUCAUCUUUCCACCACCAAAAACCAACUAUGCAUAUCACAAAAGCAAGCAAGCAAGCGAUUUGUUUCAUUCAUUCAUUCUUUUAUUCAUUCCUUCAACUUUUUUUUAUUACGCCUUGCACUCUCACUACGAGUCCAAGACGGUUACGAUCCUUACCAAUAUUGUUUUAUUCUUUCGAGAUACCCCCACGCUCCUUCUACGAACCAAAAACGGCUCACCGAAGCCACGGCAGCAUUGAUUAGCGACGCUUUUGCAUUUCUUUUUUCUUUUUUUUCAGGGAUUACUGAGUCUGUACAAAAAACUGGCUUUGGAACAUCAUCAUUAUCAUCAUCAACCGGCGUUUUAUCAUCAUCAUAGAGAAAGCUUGGCCAGCAGAGACUUGGACAGAAACAUUUGUGUUAUUUUAUUUCAGGAAACAAGCUAGGGACGGAAAGGAAACUCUUUUUUUUGUUAUUUUAGAAGAAUUCGUUUUUUAGGGAAGGGACAGGCAACUGGCCAUCAAGAAGGGCAUGGUAUUGCGGAGGUCGAAUAUAUAUGCCGAUGAUUAUUUACUUUACAGUCUGUUUUUCCUCUUGUGAUGUAAUUGUGACGACAUGCGAUCUACAGAAACCCGUUAGAUGUCACGUCUCUUGGCUGGCUGGGUUUGGUUGCAUAUCCUCAUUUCGCUAAUCGCGGGGAGGCGUGGGGUUGGCUUCUUUUUUUGGAGGGGCAGGGAGGGAAAGGGGGGUGUGCGUGCCACGUGGAGAUGGGAUAUACAAUGCAAGGGGCGGUGGCGUAUGAUUUGUCGGCGGAGGGAUAGAUGGACUGAGAGGAGGAUGAAUUUCUUUUUUUUUUUUUUUUUUUUUUUUUUGGAUGCUUUCUUUUUGUGAGUCUGGGGAGAAAUAAGGGCGAUUUUUGAGAGGAUGUGUUGGUAGGGGAGAUGUGGUUGGGUGGGUGAUUGAUCAGCACUGCCUUGUACGCUUGGCCGCUUGGCCUGGUCUGGCAGCUUGGCGUGGGGAUGGAGUGCAGAUUUGGGGGCUAUUUGGAGGAGUGUGAGAGUCUAUCGAUGGUUUCGUGGGUUGAUUGGAUCGAAUUGGAUGAUAAUUCUUUAGAUAUGUGGAGUGGGUGAAUUCGUGAUGAUGCCUUUGCUGAUAGUGCCAAUGUUGAAGGUUCGCGGUGCGUUGGUGGGUGGGUGCACUGCGCUGCGCUGCUAUAGUUAAUAUAUACCCGUUAGUGUACUAAACUCAGAGAUGGGCUAAUGCUGUAUAGUAUAGCCAUGCGCAGAGUUUUCAUGUCCCAGUAGUCGGUCAGCCAGCAGGUCUGUUGUUCUCAAGUUGACGAGGUUGGUCCACCGACGUCAUGCAGCGAGAGUGAACAUGCCAGUGUCUGCUGUUUUAGCUGUCUCAGGACGUCAAAACACCGCCAUGGGCCUGGACGGCGAUACUGGCUGGUUAGCCAGUGCGUUGUUUCAGGAGGUCUUUGAGACGCUGCUGCGACGGCUGUGACAGGGAGGGAGAUCUGUGCGGCGGUGCAGUGCAGUGCAUCGGCGUAUGCAGUCCUCGUACAUCACAAACUCAAUCUGUUCUCGUGGUGUAAGCGGCAAUUUUGUUGCCAACGGACCAAGAUUGUUGGCGGGGUGCUGCACCAUUUUUCUACAUCUCGUAUCGAUGGUGC